UAUAGUCCAAGAUUUUUAAUAUCAUACUACAAUACAACUUCUACCAAGUAAAAAAGAAAACCCCAUAAAAAAAUAAUCUCUCUCCAAGACAUACUUAAUUACUAGAUACUUUCCGAUCAUGACUUUCUCGUGGAGGCGGAGAAUAGGCGGCCGUGGUGGAGCCGGAAAAGACGAGACUUCUAAAGGGAUCAUCAAUCAAGAUAGUAUGGAGCUAACGAUUCCGGUUCAUUUCAAGUGCCCGAUAUCUCUCGAUUUGAUGAAAGAUCCGGUGACUUUAUCGACUGGAAUAACCUACGACCGCGAGAGCAUCGAGAAGUGGAUCGAGGGCGGAAGCGUAAUUAAAACAUGCCCCGUCACGAACCAAGUCUUGAGGAAUUUGGAUCAAAUCCCAAAUCACUCCAUAAGGAAGAUGAUCCAAGAUUGGUGCGUGGAGAACAAGUCUUGUGGGGUCGAGAGGAUUCCAACUCCUCGUAUUCCGAUAGCACCUUACGAGGUUUCUUCGAUUUGUACUAGGAUCGAGGCCGCCACACGGUGCGGAGAUUCUAGAAAGAUCCAAGAAAUUCUAAUAAAGAUCAAGAAUUUGGCUAAGGAGAGCGAGCGCAAUAAGCGGUGCAUUGUGGGGAAUGGGAUUGGCUCUGCAUUGGCCGAUUCUUUCGAGUGGUUUGCUCGUUUUUCGGGCGACGAAAAUGCUAAUGAUCUUCUGAAAGAAAUCUUGUCUGCGUUGACGUGGACGUUAUUCCCACAUCACGGGCAAGAAUUAGGGUUUUCCAAGUUGAAAUCCGAGGUUUCUCUACGUUGCAUGGUUUGGUUCCUGAAGAGCGACAACGAUCUCUCGUCGAGGCAAAACGCGAUUUGCGUGUUGAAAGAAUUGGUCUUAUCGGAUCAAGAUUGUGUCGAUGCACUAACGAGAAUCGAGGGCAUAGAAGAAACCUUGCUCCAAAUUGUGAAAAACCCUAUUUGCCCUAGAGCCACCAAGGCAACCCUAGUGGUGAUUCACCAUCUGAUGACGUCAUCAUCUACAAAUUACAAUAGUACCACAACCUCAUCGAAAUUUGUCCAAAUGGGCCUACUUCCUAUGGUUCUCGAAAUUCUAGUCGACGGCGAUAAAAGCGCGUGCGAGAAGGCUUUAGGCGUGAUCGACAAUAUCUGCAGUACGAAAGAAGGGAGAGAAAGCGCGUACGAAAACGCGCUGACGAUCCCUCUACUAGUGAAAAAGAUCUUGCGAGUGUCGGAUAGUGCGACGGAUUUCGCGAUCACGAGCCUUUGGAAGCUAUGUUUGGGAGAAAAUGAGAAUGCACUUGUUGAGGCGGUUCAACUUGGGGCUUUCCAAAAGCUAUUGGUUGUUCUACAAAUUGGUGGUGGUGAAAGAACUAAGGAGAAAGUGACUGAUUUAUUGAAAUUAAUGAAUUUGUAUAGAGAUAAGUUAGAUUGCUUUGAUUCAUCCAUGGGAUUCAAGUAUGUUAAAAGGUCAAUUUGAUUUUGUAUCAAUUUAGGAGAGGAAUUAAUUUCAUUUUUUUUUACUUUUUUUUUUUA